AUGGAAGAUGGCAAGUUCCGAGUUAUGGAAGGCAAAGUGAAAUCGAUUUACAAGGUCAGGCACAAGGACAUCAAGCGGGGACUCUUUGGAGCUGUCAAAGACUUCUUUACGGGCACGGUGGCGGGUCACGAGACUGAGCAGGACAAGCGGGAUGAGCUAGAGACAAACCUUCAUGCUGCAUUGGCAGAUAGCACUGUCUUGAACGCGUACAUCGGUGCUAACUUUCAGCACUUCCUCAAGGGAGUCGGCAUCGAGUGCGAGGCGGUUGAUUCGGUGAGGCAGCUGGACCCGCCGGCUGAGGCCUAA